UCGCGAGACCCCGGGUGACGCCCGGGCUGGGUCGCGGCUCAGGGCAGGCGGGACGAUGGCGGCAGCCGGGCGGCUCCUGGCGGCGGCUCGCUCGGGGCGGGCGGGCUGGGGCGGGCCGCGCGGCGUCUCGGCCGUCUCCCUGGUGCCCUCCCGAAGCGCCACCGUCACCCGCAGCGGCGCCAUUUUGCCCAAGCCGGUUAAGACGCCCUUCGGCCUCCUCAGAGUGUUCAGCGUCGUGAUCCCUUUCCUCUAUGUUGGUACUCAGAUCAGUAAGAACUUCGCAGCCUUACUUGAAGAACACGAUAUCUUUGUCCCAGAGGAUGACGAUGAUGAUGAUUAAAGGCACGGUAAGGGAAGAACAGAAGGGAGAAAGCCAUUGACAAAGCAAUGAUUCCAACAUCUAUCACCUGUGUUUUGUCCUUCCUAAACGGGACAGGGGGCUUUUCCCCCUUUUGCCAGUGAGCGUCCUACGCAUGAGGGAAAUCUGUAGAUCAGGGUUGAAGGAAGAGCACUGCAUCCUUGCAGCCCUUGCACACGCUCACCUCAUCAAAGACUGCUUGGAUGCCUUGAAUUAGCAAUAUGGGAAACACUUAAUUAAAGAUCAAGAGAUUGAGAUGUA